CUUUGGCGUCAUUUCAAGCAACAUGAAGUUUGUUGUGUUUUCUAAAAAUGCAGUCGAUUGUGGAAACUCAGCGUCGGCAGACUGGGUGUGGUAAAUUGCUUUUGCACAUGAGCAUUUUCAAGUCGAAACAUUUUGGACAUGUAUCCCGGAAGCCAUGCUGAAAUCAUUGACAUAAAACACCAGAAAUUGUUUCAAAUUGUUGACGCUUUGAACAAGGAUAGUGAACCAAUAAUUGCUGUUAUUGUACACCUGAGGAGGUGCGCACGUAUCCUAUCAGCUCUGGAUCCUUCCAUUCCCGUCUUGGCCGUGUGCGGAGGUACAGAUCUGAAUGAGGAUGUACGCAAUCCGGACUAUCUCCGACAGAUGACCGAGAGUGUGGCCCGUAGUCGGUUCGUUCCAUUUAAUUGAGCCAAUUUUGAGUGCAUUGUAGAGCGGUAGUUCUGUUUGCUCCAUUUAUGCUAAAAAAGUUUCGAGAGUUAUGGCCAUCCUAUCCAGGACUGGUGGAUAUUAUACCGCAAGUUGUUCGUGUAGACGAAAUGUCGGCUCGUAAAAAUCUCUCAAUUCACCGUCGCUGGUUGGAAGAGCAAGUUGGAUGCAAGAUGGAACGGUUUUUCAUCAUUGCUGGACGACUAAGACCAGUGAAGGAUCCAGAAUUUGCAUUGACGCCAUUUUUGGAGUGGAACAGCGAACCCCUGAUGCCAACGACCGGAGCUUCAGGAGACAACGAUUGGUUCUUUGAGCCACAUCACCACCACCUCGUCUACAUAGGAUCAGUGGAGGAGGACACUCCAUCCAUUCGAUUAUUCCUCUCCUCUCUUACCAGUUCCCACGUCCACCAUGUGAAUUCAGUGAAUCGUGAGUGUUUACAUUCACUGAUGUUAGCAUCUGACGGACUUAUCAACUGUUCCAUCAGCGAAGGACAAUCACUGACGAACAUGGAGGCAAUGACGCUUGGAACCGCUGUUUUGGCUCGCGCAAACCCGGGUAACUGUGACCUAAUCCGACACAAUGAAACCGGACUGAUCUUCCGUUCACCUCAAGAGCUAAAGCUGUGCCUGACAAGGAUCGCAUGUGACCAAAUUCUACGGAGAAGACUGGUGGACUCCGCCUAUAAGUGGAUUCGUCAGCCAGCCUUUCAACCAUGCAACCAAAUUGUGAAAUUCCGUUAUCUCUUUUCCAGACUGUGCGCACCAAACUCUCCUUCCUUCCCUUCUUCCUGAUUUUUCUUCAAGCCCCGUUUCUAAAUUUUCGUAUGUUAUUUUUAGAUCGUCAUUUUUUUGGGCUCGAUGGAUAUCGAAU